AUGUACCGUCUGAUACGUUGUCCUCUGACUACUAAAAGAAUAUCAUUUCUCAAUAGUGUUAUUUCAUUUGCAAUGGGACGUCCACUUACUACGGACACAAUAGAUUUAACACCAUUUCCUGAGUUAUAUACUAAAGAGAACAUCAUUUUACAUAAAAUUUUCAACAAGUAUGGGUUUGAGCUACGUAUCGCCGGAGGCGCAGUACGUGAUAUUUUACUAGGAAUUUCUCCACAUGACAUUGACUUCGCAACAAACGCUACUCCACCUCAGAUGUCUGAAAUGUUUUCCAAGGAAGGAAUUCGAAUGCUGAAUAGAAAUGGAGAAUCACAUGGAACUGUUACAGCCAGAAUUAAUGAUAAGGAAAAUUUUGAAGUUACCACUCUACGUAUUGACGUUGUCACAGAUGGAAGGCAUAGUGAAGUUGUCUUUACAAAUGACUGGAAGUUAGAUGCUGAAAGAAGAGAUCUUACAGUGAAUUCGAUGUUUCUAGGUGUUGAUAUGCAGGGGUUAUUUGAUGAGGCUAAUGAAGCAACAACAGAUUCUUCCGCAAAUGAAAAUAUUACAAGUAAUAAACAAAAAGUGUUAGGACAUUUAUGGGAUUAUUUUAACGGUUGCGAUGACUUGAAAAAUCAUCGCAUACGAUUUGUAGGGGAUCCAGAUGCUAGGAUAAAAGAGGAUUACUUAAGAAUGCUAAGAUAUUUCCGAUUUCAUGGUCGUCUGUCAACAGAAGACACAUAUGAUAGGCAUGAUGAAGAUGUGUUGAAGACUAUAGCCUCAAAUGCUAAUGGUUUGUCAAUAAUAUCUGGUGAACGCUGUUUCAGUGAAUUGAAGAAAAUUCUACUAUACCCUUCAACUCCAUUCCUUUUACGUCGGAUGGCAGAUGCUGGGCUAUUUGUUCACUUAGGUCUUCCUGAAAACCCUAACUUUAAAGAAUUAGAUAAAAUCUGGAAUAGAGGUAUACUUUCUUCUGCACCAAACCCGAUUACUUGUUUAGCUGCAAUCAUGACAUCGCCUGUUGAAGUUGAGAACUUAGACAAACGUUUACGUUUAUCUAAUCUAGAUUUAACAAUUCUAUUGUACAUAUUACAUAAACGCGAUUAUUAUUUUAAUUUAUCUAAUGAAAAUGAUAAAAAUGAAAUGAAAUUUUAUCAAAAAGAAUAUUUAUUAUCAUUUGAACCGAAUAAAAUAAAACCAGCUAUAACUGAAUUGUUAAAAUAUUUAGGCAAAGAUAAAUUAUUUAUUGAUGAAUGGUUAUCAUGGCAACCACCAAAGUUUCCAGUCAGUGGUACAUUAAUUAUUGAUCAAUGGGAUAUACCUAAUAAAUUAAUUCGACCAGUUUUAUUUAAACUACGUGAACAGUGGUGUGAAUCAGAUUAUAAAUUAUCAAGCGAUGAAUUAUUAACUGAAAGUAACAAACAAUUUAUAUUGGAUCAUUUAAAUAAUCAUUCUGUUGAUUGUAUCCCUGAAAGAUUUAUAAUUCAAGCUAAAAAAUCACGAAGAUGACAAUAUUGACUUGUUUAUUUUUUGUAGUAUGUAUAUGUAUUUACAUAAAUAUAUAUGAAGUGUUAUUGUUGUUACUCAUGAAAGAGAAAGCGUGUGUGUGUGUGUGUGGGAGAAAGAAAAAGGGAUUAUCAGACUGUGUUCCUGUUAAUUAAAAUACAGAUAACUUAUUGAGUAUAUUGAAUAUUACUCUGGAAUACAAGUAUGUUGAUAGUGAUAAUAAUUUUUAUAAUUUCAAUUUAUGAGAUGAUUUUAGAUUGUUUUGGUGAACGAAACACUACUUUGUAUAGUACUAUACUAGUCAGUUGGUUACAAGCAAAGUAGAACGUCACACAAGUAUAUGUUAGCUCAAGUUUACUACAUCACAUCAAAACAACAAGAUGCAACUAUCAGUGUGAGUAUCAAAGUAGUAGUAGUGUUAUUGAUAGUUCCUUGAUGAUCUCCACAAAGAUUGUAGUUUCUACUUUUUGUUCUCG